AUGUCUUCGAUGAUCACGGCUACAGCAUGGGUGCGGCGAGGUGUCGCUGCCCAGUUCCCUACUAAAUAUGAGAUUGACGAGGAGGAGAUGAACCGGAUAUCCAAGCUUGCCCGCAUGCAGCUUGAGGAGGCCCAGGACGAUCUGAGUGCCGCCAAGGCGGGCAAGAUGGAUGAUGGUGAGGAUGAUGCUGCCAUGGAGGAGGACUCGAAGGAGGCCGAUGCUAUGGAGGAGGAGGGUGAGAAGGAUACUGCCAAAGAUGGAAACGAGACUAAGGUUACAGAUGACGAUGAUGUCCUGAAGGAGUUUGAUAUGGAUCACUACGAUAGCGAUGAUGUCGACGAGGAGGGCGAGAAGGUCACCAGAUUCGGCAAUGUUCAGUCGCUGGCUUACCACCAGCCCAACGAGGCCGACCCGUACCUUGUCAUUCCCGAGGACGAGGAUGAUGAGGACCGCGAAGAACUCCAGAUUCUGCCUACCGAUAACCUACUCCUUGCCGGAAAGGUCGAGGAUGAGGUUGCCCAUCUCGAGGUCUAUGUCUACGAGGACCACGCCGACAAUCUCUACGUUCACCACGACAUCAUGCUUCCCGGCAUUCCUCUCUGCGUGGAGUGGCUCGAUAUCCCCGUUGGCAAGGGCAGCGAAGGACGGGAAACUGGAAACUUUGUUGCCGUCGGUACAAUGGAGCCUGACAUUGAGAUCUGGGAUCUGGAUGUCGUGGACAGCAUGUACCCCAACGCUAUCCUUGGACAGGGCGGCCAAGAUGCCGCCAAUGCUGCCCCGUCCAAGAAGAAGUCGAAGAAGAAGUCCAAGGCGAACGACGAGUACCACAUUGAUUCCGUCCUGGCACUGGCUGCCAACCGUCAGCACCGUAACUUGCUUGCGUCCGCUUCUGCUGACCGCACUGUCAAGCUGUGGGACCUGACCACCACCAGCUGCGCCAAGUCCUACUCUCACCACACCGACAAGGUCUGCUCGCUCGACUGGCACCCCAAGGAGUCUACCAUCCUUCUCAGCGGUUCCUAUGAUCGCACCGUCGUGGCCGCGGAUAUGCGUGCCCCCGACUCUACCGCCCGCUGGGGUGUUGACACCGAUGUUGAGAACGUUCGCUGGGACCCUCAUGACCCCAACUACUUCUACGUCACCACCGACGGCGGUAUGGUCUACCGUUACGAUGUCCGUAAUGUCCCCGCCACCCCGGCCGAGUCCAAGCCCGUCUGGUCGCUCCAGGCUCACGACUCUUCCGUUUCGGCUUUCGAUAUCAACCGCACCAUCCCCGGCUUCCUGGUCACCGGUUCUACGGAUAAGGAGGUCAAGCUAUGGAACGUCGAGAACGACAAGCCCAGCCUUGUUGUCUCCCGCAAGCUCGACGUCGGCAAGGUCUUCUCGGCUGGUUUCGCUCCCGAUGCCGAGGUUAGCUUCCGCCUGGCCGUUGCUGGUAGCAAGGGUACCGUGCAGAUCUGGGAUGCGUCUACCAACGGAGCUGUGCGCCGCACUUUUGUCUCUCGCAUGCCUGAUCUGGCUGGUGAUGUGCCCGAGCGCAUUACCGGUAUCGGCGCUGACGAUGAGGAGUCGGAUGAUGAGGGUGCUGAGGAGGGUGGUGAUGCUGGCCCGGCUGAUGGCCCUGAUGGCUGGGAGUCUAUGGAUGAGGAUUAG